CAAGUGUCAAAACGGGCCAGGCCUGAGGAACGACCUCCCAUUAUCUUGCCUCAGAAAUAUGAGUUCUGUCCUGUAGAGCACAUGGUCGAGCUCAUUGCGCACAUGUUGGGAGAGUUGAUUGCCACCAAUGACGCCAUUCGCAUAUCAAGCGGUGGUCUGACGCGGUUUCACUCUAGAACCCCCCCUGGCAUCUCGGUCAGGGACUAUCUUCAUCGUCUUGCUCGACAUGCCACUCUCACACCACCUCUACUCCUAGCCAUGGUCUAUUAUAUUGACCGGCUCUGCGCUUUAUAUCAAGAAUUCACCAUAAACACCCUCACCGUCCACCGAUUUCUAAUCACCGCUGCCACCGUUGCCGCCAAGGGCCUUUCCGACUCCUUUUGGAACAAUACCACCUACGCACGGGUUGGCGGUGUGCGUGUCGCUGAACUGAGGCUCCUCGAGCUCGAGUUUCUCUACAGAGUCGACUGGAGAAUUGUGCCGAACCCGGAAAUCCUGGUGGCCUACUACCAAGGUCUUGUCCAAAGAGCCCCCGGGUAUGAGCUCGAAUCAGACGGGUCGACCGAGAACGAAGACGAUGAGAACGACGACGACGACGACGACGACAUCGAC